CGACCCUUUUAGACGUCGUCGGCAAACAGACGAUUCAAUGCUGUGGCGUAAUUUUCGAGGAAGAAAGGUCAAGUUAUUAGUUAGCAUUGUGUUAGGUUUAGCUGCCGUAACGUGGAUAACACUCUUUUGGAAUUACAAAUAUAGCAGGUCUCCUCUGAAGCAAAAAAAUACUCAUGUUCAUAACGAUGGCCGCGAUUAUUUUCAAAUUGACAAAUUCAAUAUGAAUAAAGUAGAAUUUGGGUCUGCCGUAUCGACACGCUUCAGUAGUGCGACAGCAGAAACUACACGACAGGGAUCAUCGGCGAUAAACUUGGUCACCCGUGAUGAAAUAGAAGUUAAGCAUGAUCUCAGCCGUGGAAGCAAAAGAAGCUGUAAAUUAGAUUGGAACUUCCCGUACAUCAACAUCUCCAGUUAUGAGAACAACCCAGCCAAAUUACCAAAACAAACUUCAAACACCACAGAUGUUCGACCGGUAUUUCCGAGUCCAACAUUGUAUUUAAGACCAGAUAAAUUUUUAUACCCGGUAGGGAGAUGGGGACCCAACAACCAGUUGUUUGGAUUCUUUGAGGCGAUAUUCGUUGCUGUUGUGUUGAACCGGACGUUCGUGUUGCCGAGAUUUUUAAAACAUCAUCUUGAUAAGCAGUCUCAUUCAACUGAAUUUACUUCUCCAAGUCAUUAUGUAGACGUGGAAUAUUACUGUAAAUUUAUUUCUUGUAUUACACUGGAAUCUUUUCAAAAAGCGUGUGGAUUUGAAAUUGAUGCAAUUAUGAAUACAAAAUAUAUGAAGACAUACCAUUUCGACGACAUUAAGCGACAUUUGGGAAUGCGAUUUCCGUCUGGUUUGUCAGACAUGUCUGAACUACUGUUGCCUCCAAAUGGAACAUCGGAAGAGAAGAAGGAAUUGACAUUCACACCUAGUGAACUACAAAUGUAUUUCAAGACUCAAGCGAAAUGUGUCGUUUAUCCCUAUCCAAUUCUCGACCUGCGAACUUAUAAUGCAAGAGGCAAACGUGUCAAACUUCAUUCUUCAAAACCGUCUAAACCGUUUUAUAAAGCUAGAAAUCUAAGUCUUCCUGCUGGCGUUGAUCUAUUUGAAUCUAUUCUGAACCACUAUAGAAGACCUUUAUUUAUAAGACAAAUUGUUGAACAUUUUCAUCACAGCGUUAUCGAGGGAAACCCGUUUCUCAGUAUUCAUUGGAGAUACAAUGAAGGAGAUUUUCUUUCCAAACACCACUGUAACAAUCAAGAUAUAAAUAAAAAGAUUUGUAGUCGAGCAAAAUCCUUCACAUCUGAAGAUUUUAUCCAAAAAAUAGACGAAAAACUCGAAGAAAUUGAAAAGAAAGGAUUCAAAAUGACUCAUGUUUAUUUUGCUGCCCCACCCGAUGCCUUGAAGAUGAUGAAGCAAUUAUCUAAACUCUUGCGCAAAAACAGAGGGAUUGAUAUAUUUUCGUCCAAGGAGCUUAUUCAAUUUUUGAAAUCUGAAUACAACAAUUGUGAAUUUUUAACAAAACAUUUCGACGACAUUAUUUCAACCACUGAAAUGGAGAUUUGUUCCCGUGGAUUUGCAUUUUUGGGGUCUCAAGGUACAACAUGGACAUCCAAUGUUAUUAAAUCAAGAUUAUUUGGAAAUAUUACUGGAAUAAGAACAGAGUUUGAUGAUCUGGUUUUUGAAUCCAAACUUAAAAAGUAAUCGCCUAGUCUCAAACUUCGAGUCAAGUGUGAUGGUGCUCACGGGUUAAUAAUGAGUCUACGAUCUACGGAUGUCUACUUUGCGGAAGGGGAAUAUUGCAAAUGAUAUAUAUGUCAUGAACAAUCAACUUAUAAUCAAUAUUGAUAUAAUGCAUUUUCGGGUUAAAAAUACGAAUAUUCUUUGAUGAAAUAUGGAAUUAUAUAUAAGUUUAUUGAUUCAAUAUUGCUAACAAUCUAUAACUGAUUUUUUAUAUUUUAUAUAUGAUUUAUCAUAAUAUUCGAAUUUCUGUGCUAAUUUCAUGACAUAUAUAUGUAAAUUUUUGCUACUGCAUUGCUGAUCAAACGACCAAAACACUUCUCCAAAUCAGUAAGUUGUAGGCUGGUAAUCUGGGAAAAUUUUCAAUCAACCCUCGAUUACGUAUUGAAAAAGUUUCGAUUCCAAACUUCUCCAAUUCCCACUCCGACGAAUUCAGAAUCUUGAGUCCGGUUGCAGCAUGUUAGACACCACAACCCUGCAUGGUUGUAGGCAAUGCUAUCGUUUUCUGUCAAUUAAACCAACAAACGUCUAGCGAACGUUCAGUAAUUAAUUAUAAAUUUUAAUGUGUUAUAACUUUUUAUUUAUUUCGAGGGUUUUAUUAGUGCUGACUUCAACUUUGCAUUCUCCCAGUUCAAUUUCUAUCAAUUCUGAUGAGUGUAUCACUGAGUUUUUGACUUUGUCCUUUUCGGGGUUUCAAUUAGUGAGCUUACAAUAUAUUCUAAAAGCUAA